CCAACACAGCCAAAAGUAGAUAAAUAAAUAAAUUUAUGUAUUUAAAAAAAAAAGAAAGGCCCAGAUCCCAUUGGCGGAACUUUUGAUUCAGUAAGUGUGAGGUGGGCCUGGAAGACUCCCCAUAUGACUGUUGCCCUGCCAGUUUGGGAACCUCCAGGUUAUAUGCACACACUGUCGUAAGUAUUUGGAACUUACUUUUCCAACAGAACUUUGAAGAUCUUGUUUAACUUUAUGGUAUAAAGGCAAAUUGAUUUAUUCUCAUUGUGUAUGCCUGUAUCAGGGGUCCCAAGACCACCCCCGGUGUCGGUGAUUUGCUUGGAGGACUCACAGGGCUCAGCAUUAUGGUUGUGCUCACGGCUGCAACCUCCUCCAGUCAGAGGACACAGAGCAAGAGCAACAGAGGGAAGAGGGGCACGGGGUGACAUCUGAGGAAACCAGGCUCCCAAGAGUCCGCUCCCAGUGGAGUCACACAGAAUGCACUUAAUUCUUCCAACCGCUAAUCAUGACACGUGUGAAAUGUCUGCCGGGGAAGCUCGUCAGAGCCCCGAGCCCUGGGGUUUUAUUGGGAGCUGCUCAUGUGGGCAGCCUCUGUCUAGCAAGCACCAAAACUCCAGACUCCCAGAAGGAAAGCAAGCAUUUUACUUAGGUGUCCUGAAAGUAUCUAUACUUCUUUGCUGUUUUCUCAGCCAGUCAGGCUAAAUCUGAGUCCGUUUGUGCUCUCUUCCUCUACAUCCACUAAGUUGCCAAGGCCAGUUGAUCCUACCCCCACCCCCCAUAUUUUCUUCUAAGAGCUUUAUAGUUGUAGCUCUUAUAUUUAGGUCUGUGGUCCAUUUUGAGUUAAUUUUUGUGUAUGGUAUGAAGUAGGGGGGCCAAGUUUAUUCUUUUGCAUGUAAAUAUCCAAUUACCCCAGCACCAUUUGGUGCAAAGACUAUCCUUUCCCCAUUGAAUUGUCUUGGCACCUUUGUCAAAUCAAUCGACUGUAUAUGUGUUUGUUUGUUUCUGGAAGCAUUUAUUAUUAAUAUGGUCACUUAGUCUCCUUGUUUUCCAUAUGGUACCCAGGACUCAGCUGGGACUGUCAUCUCCCAGGCCAGAUAACGUUUCAAUUGUCUAGAGAAUAAACUUCUAGACUUCCGCCAGGGUAAGAGAGAGGCAGUCACCUAGAUCAUAGAGUUGGGGAGGAGAUCUAGGGAUUUGAGUGCUUCUUAAAUAUCUUUCACUCAGUUUGCUUUAUUUUAGGUGCCUUACAUUUCAUCCCCCUUUCCAGAGGUACAUAGUUUUGCCAAUUCCUGAGCCCUUUGAAGGUUCUGUGAUAUAACUGGUUUCUUCAUCCAGUUUCACCUCUUCUCUCUUGAGGUUUGUCUCAGAUCUACUAGGUCAGUUACUUCUCAUCCAUUCUCUCUCCAGCUUCCAAACAUUCUUGUUGUCUCCAUUCCUGUUUUUGUGGUUUUAUAUUAUUUGAUGUCAAAAAUCCCUUUACUAUCAUAUAGUGGUUUUGAGAUUUAAUGAAAUUAGGAUUAAAUAAUUCUGUGUUUUGAGCAGAAGAACUAAGUGUACAUUUCUGUUAAUUUCUCCUGUUGGGAUUUGUUGAACUUACUGAUUCUGAGGAUUGGCAUCUAUCAACAUAGCUGGAAAGUUCUCUACUGUUAUCUCUACAGAUUGGAAAUCCACGUGUCGAACUUACCCUCUCAGAACUCCAAGAUAUGGCAGCUAGGCAACAACAGCAAAUUGAAAACCAGCAGCAAAUGUUGGUUGCCAAGGAACAGCGUUUACAUUUUCUAAAGCAACAGGAGCGCCGUCAGCAGCAGUCUAUUUCUGAAAAUGAAAAGCUUCAGAAAUUGAAAGAAAGAGUUGAAGCCCAGGAAAAUAAACUGAAGAAGAUCCGUGCCAUGAGAGGACAAGUAGACUACAGCAAAAUCAUGAAUGGCAAUCUGUCUGCCGAAAUAGAAAGGUUCAGUGCCAUGUUCCAGGAAAAGAAGCAAGAAGUACAGACUGCAAUUUUAAGAGUUGAUCAGCUCAGUCAGCAAUUGGAAGAUUUAAAGAAGGGAAAACUGAAUGGGUUCCAGUCUUACAAUGGCAAGCUGACAGGACCAGCAGCAGUGGAGCUGAAAAGACUGUACCAAGAGCUACAGAUUCGUAAUCAGCUCAACCAGGAGCAGAAUUCAAAGCUCCAGCAGCAGAAGGAGCUCCUGAAUAAGCGCAACAUGGAGGUGGCCGUGAUGGACAAGCGGAUCAACGAACUGCGUGAACGUCUUUAUGGGAAAAAAAUUCAGCUGAGCCGUGUGAAUGGCACGUCGUCGCCACAGUCACCCCUGAGCACGCCUGGCAGGGUCGCUGCGGUGGGGCCUUACAUCCAGGUUCCCAGCACCGGCAGCUAUCCUGCCCCCGGAGACCCCAUAAAGCCCCAGUCUCUCACUAUCGCCUCAAGUGCUGCCCACGGAAGAUCCAAAUCCGAUGGCCGUGGUAAACCCAGAGUGACCAGCUCGUGGGCAGUGUCAGACCUCGACGUCGGGCCUGACUGUGGCUCGUCACAGCGCCCCACAAGCCCGUUUGCGAACCCCAAUGAUGGAAACUGGCCAACAUUAAAACAAAAUUCUAGCUCUUUGGUGAAACCGACGCAGAUCGCCAGUGUGGACUGGAAGGACCCGAACGUGGAGGGGCCGCUCAAGCAGGGGGCCGUCUCGAGCCAGCCUACGCCCUUGUCAGCCUUGGGAGCCCCGGAGAAGCUGGGCAUCGAGAUUGGUAAAGUGCCACCUCCCAUCCCUGGUGUCGGCAAGCAGCUGCCCCCAAGCUAUGGGACGUACCCAAGCCCUGCGCCCGCGGGCCCAGGCUCGACAAACUCCCUGGAGAGGAGGAAGGAGGGCAGCUUGCCCAGGCCCAGCGCAGGCCUGCCCAGUCGGCAGAAACCUGCACCGCUGCCCCCUGCGGCUGGCCCCCACCAGCCAGGGUCCUCCCAGCAGAUUCAGCAGAGGAUUUCUGUGCCACCAAGUCCCACGUACCCACCGGCGGGGCUGCCUGCCUUUCCAGCUGGCGACGGCAAACCUGAACUCCCACUGACUGUGGCCAUUAGGCCCUUUCUGGCUGAUAAAGGGUCAAGGCCACAAUCCCCCAGGAAAGGACCACAGACAGUGAAUUCAAGUUCCAUAUACUCCAUGUACCUCCAGCAAGCCACGCCACCUAAGAAGUACCAGCCAGCGGCGCACAGCACCUUAAAUAAGUCGGUUAAAGCAGUGUACGGUAAACCCGUUCUGCCCUCCGGCUCCACAUCCCCGUCGCCGCUACCGUUUCUUCAUGGGUCGCUGGCCACAAGCGCCUCGCAUCCCCUGCCGCCUUCAGAAAGUGCUGAGAAGGAGCCAGAGCAGGACAGCCCUGCCGCCCCCGGAGACGGGGCCGCCGUGGAGAGCCUGCCGCGGCCGCUCAGCCCCACCAAGCUCACGCCCAUUGUGCACUCGCCGUUGCGCUACCAGAGCGAUGCUGACCUGGAGGCCCUGCGCAGGAAGCUGGCCAACGCGCCCCGGCCCCUGAAGAAGCGCGGCUCCAUCACGGAGCCAGAGGGCCCCGGUGGGCCCAACAUCCAGAAGCUGCUGUAUCAGCGCUUCAACACCCUGGCUGGGGGCAUGGAGGGCACCCCCUUCUACCAGCCCAGCUCCUCGCGGGACUUCCUGGGCUCCUUAGCCGACGUGGACAAUGGCAACACUGCUGCCAACGGGAACCUGGGCGAGGCCGGCCCCACCCUGCCCACGGCCCCGCUCCCGGCCGAGCCUGCCCCCACCUCGGAUGCCAAUGACAACCGGCUCCCUUCCCCCGAACCAGAGGGGCCCAUCUGUCCCCUGAACACCCACCAAACGGCUGAGCCUGCCGAGGACGACAACAACAACGUGGCCGCGGCCCCGCCCACUGAGCCGCCGCUCCCCCCAUCGCUUCCCCCCGCCGCGCCCCCGCCGGCGGCCCCUACGAGCAAACGGACCAACCUGAAGAAGCCCAACUCGGAGAGGACGGGGCACGGGCUGAGGGUCCGCUUCAACCCACUGGCGCUUCUCCUUGACGCCUCCCUGGAGGGGGAGUUCGACCUGGUGCAGAGGAUCAUCUACGAGGUGGAGGACCCCAGCAAGCCCAACGACGAGGGCAUCACCCCGCUGCACAACGCCGUCUGUGCCGGGCACCACCAGAUUGUGAAGUUCCUGCUGGAUUUCGGGGUCAACGUGAAUGCCGCCGACAGCGACGGCUGGACGCCGCUGCACUGCGCUGCUUCCUGCAACAGCGUCCACCUCUGCAAACAGCUGGUGGAGAGCGGCGCCGCCAUCUUUGCCUCCACCAUCAGCGACGUUGAGACUGCUGCGGACAAGUGCGAAGAGGCGGAGGAAGGCUACCCCCAGUGCUCCCAGUUCUUACACGGGGUGCAGGAGAAGUUGGGCGUGAUGAACAAAGGCGUGGUGUAUGCUCUGUGGGCUUACGAGGCCCAGAACAGUGACGAGCUGUCCUUCCACGAAGGGGAUGCCCUCACCAUCCUGAGGCGCAAGGACGAAAGCGAGACAGACUGGUGGUGGGCUCGCUUUGGGGACCGGGAGGGCUAUGUGCCCAAAACCCUGCUGGGGUUGUACCCACGGAUCAAACCCCGACAGCGAACACUGGCCUGAACUUCCCUUGGGAGCACCGCACGGGCUUUCCAGCGACGAGGAGCCACUGAAGAGAUGAUUCUGCCAUUUCCCUGGGAAGCUGAAGCUAGAAAUGGCUUUACUGGUGCUCCCUUUAUCAGACAGCGUCCACAGUGUGAAAGCCCGGCAGGUUCUAGGUGAGGCCCUUUCUCUGGUCUGCCCGCAGCUGGGAGAGAGACAUUCGCCUCCAGGAAGACCGACUUUUGCCAGUUACUGUAAAUCCAAAUUAAAUACCCAGCUUUCUAAACAACUGUCCCUGUUGCCAGUAAGAAGCCCUGUAAUUAACCCCUGGUCGGUUGCCAAGGAAGAUGAAUGCUGUCACACACUUGGGCCCCAAGGCCAUCGUUCCUCAUUCCCGGUGUCACCCCAGCCCCAACAAUGAAAACUUGCAGCUGCCGUGAGGUGCGUCCCCUCGCUAGAGCCCUGCCCUCCCGUUUACUAGAAAUCACAGAAACCCGGGCACCUUUUUCGUCCUCACCACAUGCGUUUCUUCAUCACCAAACGAGGCCCUGUGUGGAGACUUCUGUCCAGCAGUGGUGCCUGGUGUGUGGGCUCCACUUCCUGUUCCAGGCCUCGGUCUAGGUCACCGACAGGCCGUGGAUGCGAGGGACCUUAAAAUCAAGUGACACGUGGUCAGGAGUCUCAGCACAGCACUGCCUUCUCUGCAGCCUUGUGCUGCCCCGGUGUGGUCCCCACCCCUCCCAGCGUGGACGUGCAGCCCACGGGCCAGGAGGCGGUGGACGCAGGGACGCCUGCAAAGUCACGGGGGCAGCUAUGGGGGUGGGAGGGCAGGGGCCCCAGCUCCCCGGUCCCAGCCAUGACACCAUAACCUGCCUGGUUCCAGACUUGAAGCAAGUAAGGCGCUUCCCUGAAGCGUCAACUGUACGUACAGGCUUUUAUAUACCAAAACUAUUUUUUGACUAAACCACUCGAAACUGUCAGAACCACGUUGGAAAUGUUUUUUUCUCUCAUUAAAAUCCAGGCCCUGAGCUUAUUUUCCA